AUGUGGAACCGCUGUUACGCAACACCACCAGCACCUUAUGCCGCACCACCAGCACCUUACGCACCAGCAACUUACGCACCAGCACCUUACGCCGCACUACCAGCACCUUACGCAACAUUACCAGAACCUUAUGCGGCACCAUCACCAGCACCAUACGCAGCAAAAAUAGAGGACCAAAUGGAGGACCAAAUGGAGAACCAAAUGGAGAACCAAAUGGAGAACCAAAUGGAAUCAGAACAACCAAUUGUAUCUGAUGUAGUAAUAACUGAUAUGGAUGUUUAUGACAGUGAAGCAUCAACCAUCAUUAUCAGCAGCUCUGAUUCCGAAUCAGAUGAUGACUCUGAUGUUUUAGUAAUAAACAUCAGCGAUAAGGAGGUUGAGGAACUAAUGGAAUUAUAUCCUGAUAUUUAUGAUGAAGCAAAUUUAUUGACACCAGAAACACCAUCACCAUCGUUCAUGUCGGAAACAUCAGAAUCAUCAUCUGAUUCGAAAUCAUCUUCUGAUUCGGAUUCUGAUGCAGAUUUCUAUCCAAAUAUCUCGUUCAGCCGAAAUAGACUUGAUGAGUGCAAAAAAAUGGAAAGAAAAAAUAAGGAAUCAUAG